AUAGAGAAAUACUUGGCUUUUAUGAUAUAAAAUGGUGGAGACAUUCAAUCAAACCAGUUCGAAAUUUGGAUUUCAAUCACUGAUCAUCUCUCUCAAAAGUCUCACAUAGAUAUAUUAUCCUUUGUUUGUACCAGAAUUAGAAAUUGUGUGAAUGGAGCAUCUGUUGGGUCUUCUUAGAGUUCGAGUGGUGAGGGGGACGAACCUUGCUGUUCGAGAUAUCCGAAGCAGUGAUCCUUAUGUCGUCGUCAAAAUGGGCAAGCAGAAGUUAAAGACUCGUGUAGUGAAGAAGACUGUCAAUCCCGAGUGGAACGAAGACUUAACUCUUUCGGUUGCAGAUCCAAGCCUUCCUAUCAAACUUUUUGUGUAUGACAAAGACACGUUUAGUCUUGAUGACAAGAUGGGGGAUGCUGAGUUUGAGAUUGGUCCUUUUGUUCAAGCUCUACGUGUGGGUUUGCAAGGCGUACCAAAUGGAACCAUAAUUUCAAGAUUCCAACCAAGCCGGCAAAACUGUCUAGCUGAAGAGAGCUGCAUCGUCUAUACUGAUGGCCAAGUUGUCCAGAAUAUGUGUAUCAGGCUGAGAAAUGUGGAGAGUGGGGAACUGGAUCUCCAAUUACAGUGGAUUGAUGUUCCUGGCUCUAGGGGUUUGUAGAUUAUGUGAUUUUGUCUACAAUUUUUGUGAAAUUAAUCCCAUGAUUUUGCAUUAUCGUAUGCAUUUGGAGCAUUGUAACGCCACAACCUCUGAGAGUAGAUGAUUUUCUUCAAUUGGAUCUGUUGUUCAUAGACUUGAUUUUGUCUACACUUUCUCGUGGAAACACUUCCAUUUUUUCUUUAGACAAACCUUCUUCAAUAUAUAGUUCACUGCGUUUGAGAAGUGGUGAUUGUAGAACAAAAUUAAUCAGAAAACCAUUGUAGCAAAAAAUUGCAAGGAUGAUCGCAUCCAAUAGAGAAUCAAACUGGUUGUUGGAAA